AUGGGGCGGGGAGGGGGCCGGGCGCCCCUCGCGCGGAGCGGGGCUCCCUCGCCGACUCAAAGUGCCAUGGACCCAGCCGCCCGGGCUCACGUGCCCACGUCCCCGGAAGGCAGCGGCGGCGGAGACCCUCCCCCGCGGCGGGCUCGGAUGGAAGGGAGUCCCCCAGCCUCCCCCAGUGGCUUAGCCUCCUCGCUGUCACCCAGCCAGUCCUCUCUACUCGGCGCCCCCGCCCCCAAAUCCGUCCUUUCUGCAUCCGCCGCCCCCUCCGACCCGCUCCCCUCCCCCGAUUGGCUCCCGCCCCCCACCCGUCUCCGCCGCAGCCCCCCCUCCCAUACCUGGUUCUGGGGGCGCCAGGAGCUGAAGGGUGGGGAUCAGAGCCUCGAGACCGCCUGGUCUCCGGCAGAUGACAGAUCCGAGGCCAGCGAUAUCGGCCGCCUCACGCCUCUCGGUCCCCGCCGCGUCCCCGCCCGCCCCGCCGCGGUGCCGCUCCGAGGAGGAUGCUCUGAGAGUCAGGGCGGCUGCUCCCGCCGCCGCAUCCCUGCAACACCGACUGACGGCAGCAUCAGCACCAGGGCCCGCCCCCCAGGCACGCGCAUUGGACCACGCAGCGCUGACGGACAAGCGGCGCGGCCAAUGCGAAGGUGCAGAAGCCGCCAGUCCCGCGGCUCCACUAGCCCACCUCCUCCCCCGCGCGGACCCAGGCGUCCCGGCCCCAGGGCAUCCGAGCCCUUCCCGGCCUCUCAGGACUUUUGCCUAGACGUCCAGCUUCAACGUCUUGGGAACCCAGGUGCCCUAGCCCCCUCUCCUCAUGGUUGGGUCCUUGGAUCCCACACCCACCCGCCCCUGCCGGCUGGUCCCGAAAACAGUGCCCAGGGCUGGGACAAACCAAAGGAGAAGACUGAACCCCGACUUGGGGCACCGAGAGAGCUGGACCUGAGCGGGGACCUGAGCCGCAGCGCCCUCUGCUGGCUGCGUCCGGAGGCUGGCCUGGGCUACCUGGAACCCCCGGCUGCUAGUGGCUUUUUCCAGGCGCUCGCAGAGACCCUACCCAUCACUAUCCCAGCAUCUUCUAGUCGGAAGCCUUCGGAACUGAACAGCUAG